AUCCAUCAAUCGGUUGCAGACGCUUUUAUGUUCGCACGUUUCGUUCAGUCUGUGUUCGUAUUGCCAGCUUUAUUUCUGCCACACAGCGUCUUCGCCGCUAUUAGCGAACAUUUUGACACGUUCUGGAAGGGGCGCAAGGGCUUUCGAUGAGUGCCACAUACGAUUCUUUCCCAGAGGCGACUCAGUGACGACCACUUUUCUUCGGUGGGCUUGCAUCAUAACGUUGCAUCUAAAGCACCGCAACCAAAAAGCAUGUGGGCCGCUAGGACACUCCUCUGUACCGCCAGGCUUGCAGCUUCGGCACCGCCGAGGAAAGCCGCAAUAUGUUGGCAGCCGCUGCAACGUCAGCAAAUGACCAGAACGGUCAACUUCCACACGUCUCCGCAACGCUGUAUUCAUCCCAUAUUUCUCAUAGCUGCAAAGCAAAUAACCAAGGGACUGGCAAUAAUUACUGGGAGGGGAUUUCGAAAAUGGUGGAAGGCGUUACCGGCAGACAAGAAAGCUUAUUUCAUAUCGGUUGCUGUCAAGAACAAAUGGAAAAUCGCAGGUUACUUUGGCGUUGCAUGGGGCAUUGGGGGAAUCUAUUACUUCAGUCACAUUCAAGAAACGCCCAUCACGCACAGACGCCGCUUCGUUGCCUUCACUCGUGACCAGUUUAGGAAGAUAUCAGACUUUGAGUUUGAAAUGCAAUACGAGCUCUUCAAACCACACCUUCUGCCGGCUGUGCACCCAGUGUACCACCGUGUCGUACGCGUGGCCAAUCAACUGCUCCAUGGAAACAAAGACAUUCCCGAGAUUCACGAUGUCACAUGGUCAGUGUCAGUCAUUGACAGUCCCAUGAAGAAUGCCUUUGUCAUGCCUAAUGGACAGAUUUUUGUGUUUGCCGGCAUGCUGGAGAUCUGUGGAAACGACGAACAGCUGGGAAACGUGCUUGCUCAUGAAAUGGCCCACUGUGUCUUGGGUCACGGUGCAGAACAAGUGAGCUAUGCUCAUCUCAUCGAUUUUGCCUUGGUCGGUUUUCUGGCAGCUAUUUGGGCCAUCAUGCCGACUGAUGGCAUUGCUGUUGUAACGCACUGGUUCUUUGAAAAGGUUGUCAGUCUUCUGCUAAGGCUUCCUUACAGCAGGAAGCUCGAGCUUGAGGCCGAUGAAGUUGGUCUUCAGCUAGCAGCAAAGGCAUGCUUCGAUGUGCGGGAAGCUAGCGCAUUCUGGACAAAGAUGAGCCUCAUGGGAAAUGCCUUGGAUGAUGUAGAAUUCAUUUCUACUCACCCUAGCCACGAACACCGUUCAGAGCACCUAGACAACCUCAUGAACAAAGCUAUUGAACUCAGGAGGCAGUGCCAUUGCCCAAGGUUGCCACCCCAGGAUCCCCGGGUGCUCAUGUCCAUGUUGAAGGAAGAAGUCAAGCAAGAGAGCCUUGGCAAGCAAGGAAUCGUUGUCUUGCAGCCACCUCUCUGAAGAGCUAUGACAGUCCUAUUGUCUUCGGGUACAUCUUUGUCUUCUUUCGGUGUUUCGGCAGAUUUUACACUUUUAUCGUCGAAGCCCCUACAGUCGUAGCCGCUAUUCUUAUGUUGCUCUGCACCACUAGUUUUAGUUAUGCUAGUUGAGUCUAACUCGGAUGUUUACAUAGAGUCACACUUAACGUGUGUACUCUUUCUGCAGCAGCAUUUAGCUGUGGUGCAUGCCUGGGCAAGCUCCUGGUAUCAGUUUGGCUGUCUAUUUCUUUGUUUGUUGAGGUUGUAGGGGUUUUGCCUUCACUGAAGUUUUGGAAAUAUGAAGCAGUGCACAUCGUUUCUAAUUUAUUUAAGCUUUGAGGCCAAGCAUUCAAACAGAGUACAAGAGGAAUCAAUGCAAAAGAAAAAUAAAAGUAUGUCAUCUAAUAAAGUCACGUG